AGUUCAGUCUAUUGUGACCAAAUGUAGGCUGGGCAGUGACUCCUGUGACUUCACCAUCUUGUCACUGGAAUUAGGGAUAAAAAAACCGUGGCUGUCCCAAAGGACCAGUCAGCCUCCACCCCAGGGACCUGUUGAGCUUUCAUUGCUGAGCACUGCUAAUUGGUAUUUGAUGACUGUUGCUUCUGUGACAGGAAUCACAACGAAGGGAUGAGAAUGCAGCCUCAACCUGAAGACCACACUCAGCACCAUACCAGACACCGGCGUGGACAUAUAGGCUUGGUGCCUCCUGGGCUUAGUAUCCACAUGUUAGCCCCUAUGUGAAGGACUUGGGAAAGAGAGGAGGCUGUAUGAAGUCCAACACAAAGAAACAGCAUUGUUCUUUUGCUGGGCAUUUUGCGGGAGUGAUCCAAGAUUGGGCUCCCAGAGACAGCAAGACUGAAGGAGGGAACCUGAAUGUGGGUGUGUCGACGCGAUGGGAUCUGAAUUCCAUAACUGUGAGUUUAAUUUCUUCAGUCAUCUCGAGAUUGUGUUAGAAGAUCUUGCUACAAGAAAGAAAGAACAGCCCCCGAUGCAGCGCCAGGCCUGGAGGGAUGGGAGUGGGUUAGGGCAUUAUAUAAGCCUCUGGCAGGAGGGGAGAUAGUCCUGUAUCUGCGUUGCAGCCGCCGCAGCCCCAGAAGCCGCCGCGCAGCGGUGCGGCAGCCAGAGCGGCUCAGGUUGAUUUAGAACGCGGAUGACAGUGGCCUGGCGUGAGCCCACGGCUGACGAAAGCUGCUGAUCCCGCUCGGUUUCCAUGGCGACGAGCAGGAACAGCGCCGGCGAGGCUGUCAGCCGGCGCGGAUGCGGCGGCGCGCCCGCGGGGGUCUGCAAGAGGAAGGAGGAGGCCGGGGCGCAGGCCCUCGCUGCAGACAUGGACUCGCAUUGUGACUGCGCGCCGGAGACGCCCGCCGCAGAGCCGCCGUCGGGGAAGAUUAACAAAGCUGCUUUCAAAUUAUUUAAGAAGAGGAAAUCGGGGGGCACCAUGCCUAGCAUUUUUGGGGUCAGAAACAAAGGGGAUGGGAAAAGCCCGGGUCCGACGGGAAUGGUGCGGAGCAGGACGCACGAUGGAUUAGCAGAGGUGGUGGUGCUGGAGGGCAGCAAGAAGGAGGAGCCGCCUGGCGGAGGUGAUCGCGGCGGGGGCCGGCCGAACCCCGGGCCCCCCAGAGCCUCGGGGCCCGGCCUGGGCUCCCUGGCCAGCAGCUCGGUGGCCAAGUCCUACAGUUUCUUCUCCCUCCUGAAGAAGAACGGGCGAUCGGAGACCGGCAAGGCAGACCCCGGAGAGGCCGGCAAGGCUGGAGGCAAACAAAAGAGGGGGCUGAAAGGGAUCUUCAGCAGCAUGCGCUGGCACAAGAGGGACAAGCGCGGCAAGGACGCGGAGAAGGCGCGCGCCACCGGCCCCGGUAGCCUCAUCCUGCCCGGCUCGCUCACCGCCAGCCUGGAGUGUGUCAAGGAGGAGCCGCCCCGAGCCGCUCGCCAGCCGGAGACGGGCCGGGACGCCCCGCCGCACGCAGCAGGUGAGCCCGCAGGGGGACAGAAGGCGCCCUCCCCGGCGCAGCCCUGCCUCCAGGCCGCGAGCCCAGCCGGGCCUGGCGACCCCAGCGCCCGGGGAGAGGAUGCGCAGGGGCUUCGGCGCGCCGAGAAGCCCCGGGCAGCCCUCGAGUCGGGAGCUGGCGAGGUCCACACGGCCGAGGAUGCGUCCAGGACAGGUGACGUUCCGAUAAAGACCAUCCCGCUUGUCGACUCGGAAGGUGGCAGCGGCCGGGCGUCUGCCGUCCCUGACCCUUCCUCUGUUGAUCCACCCUCAGACCCAUCGGCAGAUCGUAUUUGUUUGAUGUUUUCUGACGUGACUUCACUGAAAAGCUUUGACUCUCUUACAGGAUGUGGAGAUAUUAUUGCAGACCAAGAAGAAGAGGCAGGGCCCAGCUGUGACCAGCAUGCCCCCAGGCCAGGCAAGCCAGUUGUCUCUAAAAAGAACCCCAGCAUGGUGGCCUACCAAGGAGGAGGGGAGGAGAUGGCCAGCCCGGAUGAGGUGGACGACACCUAUCUCCAGGAAUUCUGGGACAUGCUUUCCCAGAUUGAGGACCAAGGACAAGGGCCCCAGGAGGGAGCGGUGAAGGCUGCCAGCACCCUGGACACCAAGGUGGCACCUGAGACCUCCAAAGAUGCCAGGUGUGCUGAAGUGGCCAAGGACGUGUCCUCAGUCAAGCGCAGGAGGCUCCACAGGAUCCCCAUCGAGCUCCAUCCGAAAGAGGAACCCAAACACCCGGAGAAGGAGCCCCAAGAAGGCAUCCCCAACAGCGACGAGGGCUACUGGGACUCUACCACUCCUGGCCCAGAGGAAGAUAGCGCCAGCGGCGUCAAGAAGGCAGUCAUCCCCCGGGACAGCGACAGUGGUGAUGCUCUCUACGAUCUCUAUGCUGAGCCUGAUGGAAGCCCAGCUGCCCUUCCUGCCACCGAGGACACACCCUGCUUGUCCCGGCUAAAGCCGGUGUCUCCAGGCACCAUCACCUGUCCACUGCGCACACCAGGCAGCUUGCUGAAGGACUCUAAAAUCCCCAUUAGCAUCAAGCAUCUCACCAACCUUCCGUCCAGUCAUCCCGUUGUGCACCAGCAACCAGCCAGGAGUGAGCUGCCCAGAACAAAAAUCCCGGUCUCCAAAGUGUUGGUCCGCAGGGUCAGCAACCGGGGCUUGGCUGGGACCACUCUUCGGGCAGCAGCAGCGUGCCACGACAGUGCCAAAAAGUUGUGAGCUCUCCAAAGCUGAGGUAGAUGGGCCUUACCUUAAGGAAUACAACUUUUCCCUGGAAACCGCUAAGGGAAGCUUGCUUCCCCUAAAGGAGUAAUUUAGGACCCAUCCUUCUCCCAUCAGGCCUAGAAGUCUUUGCUGGAAGACAGGAGGAGAAGGAUACCCUGGAGAGGGGGUGCUAAGACCUGGAGUUCCCUCACAAGAUAAGUUCCCAAGAAUUAUUUUCAAGCACUUUUUUUUAACCUUUUAAAAAACUGUUUUGUUUUUUCUUUUUUGUCUUUAAUGCACUGAACACUCAGAAGUCACCUUUCCUUGCCUUUGCAGAAAAUAAGAUUUAAUCAAACCUAACUAAAAAUCACACCAGGAUAUUGGGCUGUUCUAGAGUCAAGAGGGCCUUGAGGAUGAAGAACAGAGGACACUUGCCUCUCUAUCCGGGGGGUAAAAAAAGAGACCCUCUGCUGUAUCACAGUGUGGAAAACACCUGCAAAGCUCAAAGAGCCAAACAGCUUUGAAGAGUAGAGGGAUCACUGAUUGGCAGAAAACUUCCCAAGUUUGAGUUGGCAGAUAUGCAAAUAGGUAAAGAUCUAUCACUACAAAAACAAAGGAAAGUUUUAGUUUGGCUGGUUUAGAUAACAUUUGUUUGAGGAGAAAUAAAAGGCUCAUGAUUAGGUUUAUGUCUUUUUUUUUUAAUUUGUUUUAAUUUUUGGAUCCAUCCCUCCCUCUCAGCGCAAGAAUCAGGAUCAGGAAAAGAUUUCACUAUGCCAAUUAUACAGUAUUUUAACAUUUGUAAACAACCUUCUCAUGUGUAGAUAAUGCAUAUUUUGAGUUUAUCCCACACUUAACAUUUUACAACCUGUCAAUAACCUAGAAUUUAAAAUCUGGCCUGAUAGCUGGGUAUGAUGACUGUCCACAAACCAUUGAGGUUCUUUAUGUGCUGUAAUGGAGCAAUGCUGGUUUGGAUUCACAGGGGUUCUCUGCGCCUCAUUAUAUAUAAUAAGUGAUGCCCCUGAACAAUGGUUUUGCCUGGUCUUUGUUAAGAGUUUAUUUCUCACCCCAAGUCACAGAUUUCUAUUAUAAAAUAUUGAAUCUAACCAUUCCCCAAUGUCAGGAAGUACAAAAUGAACACCUCAUACACACACGCACACACACACACACAGAAAAAUAGUUUUUGAAAAUAUCAUUUGCCUUUUGUAGUAUAAACUUAUGGCUGAAACGGGUGUGUUCCUCAUAUGAUACUGGCAAGCUUACAUAUCAUAAACAUUGUACUAAAAUUUUUUUGAGAAGUGGUUUAACUAUAUAUGUGCGUUCUAAUGUUUCAGCUGAAACUUUUAUGCCUUGGUAGUUUGAAUGAUAAAGUGAAGCGGUUCCUAGAAUGCUGUUAGUGUCUGGUGAUUAAACUGAUAAGUGUUUUGAAAUGCACUUCAGUACACUGAAUUCAAAGAGCCAGAACUUAUCCUGGGAGGUGAUGCAUCACAUCAGGAAAACGGUACUUAUUCCAGAGAAACUGCACAUGUGUGAAUGACGUGAACACUGGAACUCCAGAGAGAUUAUUAAGAAAUGGACUAUUUUGUGUUUAACUUUUUAUUUCUAUUUUGUAAAGGAAAAAGAAUAAGGCAAGUUAAAUAUAUGAAAACUUAUUUUAAUAGUAUGAAGAAAGUAAAAAUAAUUGACCAUCAAAGGAAAAUUGAUAAAGCAUAAAGGAGCUUGUUCCCCAUUUUAAAUCUGUAGCCGUUCCCUUAGAAGGGGGGCAGAUGUUGGCUGCAUUCCUUUCUCAGUCACAUUACUGGCUUUUAUUGUGCUGCCUCAGAUCCUUAAUGUUAUUUCAAAGUACCAUUUUAAUUUUAAAUUCCCUUACGUCUAUGGUUGAGGCCCUCCUGCAGUCCUAGCCCUAAGCACUUUGAACCAUUAUCAGAAUUCACACAGGCAUCUCCUGCAAGCUCAAGCAUUCAUCUGGACGCGAACCAGCAGACAAAAGGCACCUCAAAACCAUUUAGGUUUGACAAUAUUUUGAAAAUUAUUUCUGUCCUUGAGAAGACUUCAAAUUUGAUUAAUAUUUAUAGACAUAUUCAGUCUCAAAAUGCAUUCAUUUUCCUCCAGAAUUGGAGAGAACAUACAUUUUAUUUCUAGCAAUAAAACAAAGGAACUUUCUUGCACUUUUUUCCUGCAGAUCAUGCCAUCCUUUGCACAACUCCUGGGCAGGGCUUUGUUCUCUCAUUCAUUCAACUGUACAGGAAAGCUAGACUACCUGAGGAAUGGAUUCAGACACUUUGGGAAUAAUGAGUUGGUUUCUGAAGCAGCAGAAGCAACUGUUUUGGCUUUCACAGUUUGGGAGCUUAUUUCUACACUCACACUACACCGUCCUCUCAUUGUUAGUGAAGGAAAAUGUUAGCAAGAUUUACUGAAAUUUCCCCUGUCGAUUAGCCAGUUAUAAAGGUAAAAUAUUUUCUUUAAAAAAAUUCUUUUCCCCAUGCUUUUUCCUGAUUUUGUUUUUUACCCUAUACCUUUAAGAACUGCACCCCUACCAGUCAAGUGAAGGAUAUUGCCACUAGUCGCAUGUCCUUGGUCAUGUGCAGGUGGGAUGAUGGUCUUUUCCAACCACAGAAAAGGAUGAGUUGUUUUCUUAUGACAAGGGCUACUUUGCCUCAUUUGUGUCCCCAGAGAUUGUAAGAAAUUUCUAGACUUACAUGCCACAUUCUGUAAUAGCCUAGUAAGGAUGUAUAGGCCCAUCUUUGCUGAUUUUUUGAGAAAAGGAUUAGAUAAGGUUUUUUCUGAUAAAUAUGAUUCUAAGAUACUCAGUGGGUUAACAUCCUUUCAUCAAAGAGCUGCCCAGAAUUAUGGGGGGAAAGCCAAAUUGGGUUUUGGGCUGUGAUUUGUCAGUUUAAUGGUUCUGCACAAAGACAGCUGGACUUUAAUGUCUACAUCACAGGCGUUAGUCUUGCCUUAUGGCUCCUGGAGGCCUUAUUCUCCCACUGGCACCAGGGGGACAUUUCAUUUACUACAGCAUUUCAAAUAAUCACAAGAGGAAAUAAUUUUUUAUUACUACUCCUUACAAUAAUGGAAUGCAGACCAUCAGGACUUCUUUGAGCUACAUUUUGUACAAACAUUAUCUGCCUACUUUAAUACAAGUAUAUAGUCAGUGUUUAAUCUAUGAAGAUAAUGCCCUGCCCAAUUUAAAGGACUUAUUCACUCCAGUUUUUCAUUCAUUGAAAUGAAUAUGCAAAUAGCCCUUUGCUGACUCAAUGGUUAAGGUCUAAAGGCCACAUCGGGUGUUAAAAGUGUUACAAACUCUUUAAACUUUCUAAGAGUCUUCACUUUCCCACCUGUGAUUAGCUUGAGGUGGGCUCUUCCUGUUGUGUCAGGAGGUCCUUUGUGUUCAUCUUAGGCGCUUGCAGCCCUCACACUUCCCAUGUUGUUAGUCAGUCUGGACCCUUGUUAGCAUGUUUUAUUCCUUCUGGUUUCCAGUGAUUUGAAAUGUGUCUUGAGUUGGGAACAUUUGGACUCAGCUUGCCGUACUUAGCCCCAGCUGAGGUGUGCUCUAGCAGUUGCAUGCACUCUGCCUCCCUCCUCGGUGCUAAGAAAUUAAUUCAAGGAUUUUCCAGCUGCCUCUCCUUGCCACCAGGAUGACCACUUAGAAAGUUCUGGAUGAAAUAAGAAAAACCCAAAUACCUCAGUUAACUUCAGUUAACCCUGUUUCCCAUCCCCAGCAGACCAAGAAAUGACUGGGUGAUUUGUGUGAACUCAACCUUAGAAAUUUUAUUUCUACACAUAUUACAUACACAAAAAAUACUUAUGAAGUAGUGUAAGACCAGUGGGAGCUUAGGCAGAGUGUACCUUAGACACUGCAUGGUGGAAGGGGAAUUUCAGUGUGUGAAGCAUAGUUCUCCCUCAGAGUUAUCACCCAGCCCUACUCUCCUGCCCUUUCCUGGCUGACUGUCCUAGAGUGCUUCUCCUGGGGUGAUGGUUCAAAGGAGACAGUUUGUUGCAACAAUAGCAGCUUAGAAGGAAACUGAUUAGCUCACCUGCAGAUAAUACUGUCAAAAGGUGUUUCAGAUUGGAGCUACUAGAAAGGAGUUCCUUCCUGAACUGAACCAGGGAAGAGUAAAUGUCAUGAAAGCUCCCAGCUGACAACAGCAGCUUUUAUGAUACGGGCUUGAAUUCAGUGCAGCAUACAUUUCUGGAACAUGUACUGUAUCUAAUAAUGAUGAUGAUGAUGAUGAUGAUGAUGAUGAUGAUAAAUCGGUUUGGGGCUUCCAUGUAGCUGUGCUAUUGUUGGAUUUUCUUAAUAUUCAUUAAAACACUUUUAUUUGA